AUGCCCUUUACGAGAGCAAAAGCUGUGGAGGUAGCGGAGGACUUGCACAUUGACGAAGAUGCCGCCCUCGACCUCAACACUGUCAGUGAAGCCACUCCAGUGCCGACUGGACGCAACCCACUAGGUGAAAUCACUGGCAACAGCGGCGGCGGCGACAAGAUCUGCAACGACGACAAUGCUGGAGGCGAGAACAAGAGAUCAGGCAGCAAGAAUAGCAAGGGCGCAAAGAAGGACAACAGGAAGCAGCAGCAUCUCGGGGACCAGGAGAACAUCUGUGACAACGGCGGACUGGCGGCAAGCACAGCCAGUACACUAUCAGCACAAGCGCCCGCUGAGGUGACGCCGAACAAGAACGAAUCGUCGCCAGCGAGCAGAGCCGCCUCGGACGACCUCGUCAAGGACACACCCGAGUGUAAGUGGCUUUGUACAUCAGAAUGCGUUGUCUCCUCGAUGUCACUUGACGCUAAUGCAGGGGUCUACGCAGUGGAGAUGUCUCUUUCACCUGUUCACGAUAUCAGAUCUCAGUCGCCGUCGUCUACGUUGCGGAUGACGAGGAGCCAGCUGAGAAAGUCACCCCGGGUUCUGGAGGAAGUAGUGCCAGGCGUGCAGGUCGACGAGAAGCUACCGAACGGAGAGGAAGAGACGAUCCUAAAGGCAAGUCUGGGCGGAGCCGUUCAGGUUUCCGAGACGACAGACGCACUGGCUGGCGCGGAAGCAGUUUCUGAGGCCAUUGUGUCGACCGAAGCGAAGGAGAUGCCGAACACUUUGCAGAGUUCACGCAAUGUCUCUCCACGGUUUACGACUCCCAGCAAGGUCGAGUCUACGAAUGCAAUUGAGCAGCCUUCCUGCAUGGACACGAAUGACGAGCCUGGCGAGACUUCUAUCUACGACAAACUCGAGGCCGCGGCUGUGGAGGCCGCGGCUAGCCCAUCUGGCUCGAACAAGGGAGUUCAGGAGUCCGGUGCCGAUCCUAUCACUGCCCUCGACGCCCUGGACGAUGCUUUAGAAAAGGUCAAUGCCGAGAUACCCCAGAGCAAGGCAAAGAAGGAGAAGGCAGCGCCAGUGGUCCGUACUACCAAGGCAAGUCAAGCCCGGAUUUCCCUUGCCCAUGGCCCAAAGGACGCCCCGAGAGUACCUUCGUGGGGCAAGCCGAGACCAUCCAUGUCUACGAGUCAAUCGACACUCCGACGUGUGACCUCUGUCUCAAGUGAGAAGCCUGUUGGAGAGUCCGAUGAGCCAGUUGAGAAGAAGGAAGUGGUGAUUCCACACAGCAAGCCGAGACCAAUGUCGAUGAACUUCCCAGCUCCUCCCCCACCGCCCAAGUCGACAAAGGCGCCGACCAAGAGCACGUUUCAGCUGCCUGGAGAGGCUGUUGCAGCCAAGCUCAAGGCUGCCAAGGAAGCGCGACUCGCAAGAGAGGCCGAGGAAGGUAAGAAGAAGACCUUCAAGGCUCGGCCUGCUCCAGCCGCCACAAAGGCGCCUGCGGUGCGUCAGACGAGCACUAGUAAGGCUCGGGAAUCGCUCAUGGGCGGCAAGCCUCCGGCGACAUCCGCAUUGGCAGCGAGUCACAAGCGUGCGAGUAGUGUCGCGGGCUCGAGACCAUCCAUGAGCAUUAAGUCGAGCGUCGAUAAGCCUUCCUCGUCGGCUUUCACCUCCAAAGCCGCAAACAGACUCUCCACCGUCCCAGCUCCUGCCCCGAACAUCCACAAGCGUCCCUCGACAGUCAUGGCAAGCCACACCAACAGACCACGCCCUUCCAUCGCUCACACAUGCCCAACGACUUUCUCCGGUCGUCCUCUCAGCACUGCUGCCCCAGCAUCCAAGCCCAAUGGUACUUCAAAGGGCAAGGAAGUCUUCAACCGCGCCGCGCAGGCUAAAUCUGCUGCGGAGAAAGAAAAGCGUGAGAAGGAGGAAGCGGCGAAGAAGGCGCGGGCUGAGGCUGCGGAGCGCAGUCGGCAGAUGAGUCGCGAAUGGGCUGAGAAGCAGAAGGGGAAGAAGAUGAGUGCCAAGCCUUAA